AUGUCCAGUGACACAGAAGAGGAGUCCUCAGAGCCCAGCACUGUGCCCAGCGUCUUUGGUGAAGACGUGUUCACCAGGCAGUACACCAUCCUGAAGGCCUUAGGCCAGGGUGGCCGUGCAAAGGUCAUGCUGGCCCUGCAUCGUUUUACAGGCGCCACAGUCGCUGUGAAAGCUCUGGUGAAGCAGGAGAAGUGGUGUGAGCCGCCAGUGUCUGAGGUCGACAUCAUGAGGAUGCUCAGACAUCCUAACAUUGUUUCCCUCCUGCAGGUGAUAGAAACAGAACGCAACAUUUAUUUAAUUAUGGAAGUGGCUGAGGGGGAACAGCUAUUUAAUCGGAUCCAGAGGUCUGGAUGCCUGAAGGAAGAUGAGGCCAGAAGCAUAUUAGUUCAGCUGUUUAGCGCCAUAGGCUACUGCCAUGAUGAAGGCAUCGCUCAUAGAGACCUCAAGCCUGACAAUGUCAUAGUGGAUGAGCACGGAAAGGUGAAAAUCAUUGACUUUGGCCUGAGUGUCAGAUUCAGGCCUGGGCAAAAGCUGGAAAAGCCAUGUGGCGCCUUCCAGUUCAUUCCUCCCGAAGUCUUCCUGGGCCUCCCUUAUGACGGCCCCAAAGCAGACGUCUGGACCUUGGGAGUCCUCUUAUAUUACAUGGUGACAGGGAUUGUCCCGUUUUCAGGGGCUACCUUGUCAGAACUCAGGGAACAGGUUCUGCAUGGGAGGUAUGACAUCCCCUAUCAACUUUCCAAAGACUUAAGGAGCAUGAUCAGCCUAUUACUAACAGUGAAUUCGAGGCAGAGGCCGACUGUGCGAGACCUCAUGGGUCACCCAUGGCUUCAGAAAGGGGGAAAGACGUUUACAAUUUAUUGCAAUGGAGACACCAGCUGCCCAGACCUUGAAAUUAUGGCAGCCAUGCAAAACAUUGGGUUUGACACCCAGGAUAUAAGACAGUCUUUAAAGCACAGGAAGUUCAAUGAAACUAUGGCUGUAUACUACCUACUGAGGUGUCAGGCAUGCCAGGACCAUGACAGUAAUGUCUACACAAGGGUAAUAAACCCAGGGGCAACACCUUUCCCUUCUGUUGAAGACCCUGGCAUGUUUUCCCUGCCCCUCAGGAGAAGGGCCAGUGAGCCUUCUCUUCAGAUAUUAGUCUCACCCACAGAGAGCCCUGAUCAGAGACAAACGGGGGAGAUGGAUGACCCUGAGCUGCCCGAGAAGACACCCAAUCUGGGCAGAGGUCACAAGCGCUCUAUGACUGCGCCGUGUGUUUACUUACCAAGAAACCUUAUGAUUGAUGUGGAAGACACUAGCUUCUCCAGUAGCUCCCGGUCAGAAAAGGCUUCAAGCGGCCCAGAACAGAGCAGAACUUCAAUCUCAAGCUCCCUGCAGCCCAGGGGAUGGGCAGGAUGGAAGAAGAGGAUUCUGGCAUGUAUCCUCAGACUAUGCUGCUGCAGGUUACCCCACAAAAGGUGUCCAAGGAAAGUGUACCCCCCAAAGUGA